UUAAAUAGUGUAGCUGCAAACCUAAACGAGGUCGAAUGUCAAACAGGAAGUUUAUUGAUCGGCUACCAUCAUUGUUCUUGUCACCGUACUGACGAAAAAUUUGCUGGGUUUUUGUGGAAACGACUGACGACAGCGAAUAAAAGUGGUUUGCUUGCGUAAAAUUGGUGGCCAUAUUGGUAUCCAGGUUCCAUUCGAGUUUCCUCAAUAAGCAGGUCUCACACACACACACUCGUUAAAUCACAGAGAUGAACCCGUCAGGGGGCGGGUUCAAUAAUCCGCCACCACCCGGAACAGAAGUAUGCUCCGAUUUUGAAGACGAUUACGGCAAAACGCCUGUAGAGGAUUUGGCCAAAAGUAAAGUGGAGGAAUUACGUAAAGUUCUCUUAGAGUACGAGGGUGAGUCAUCCGCCGCCUCAUCGAAAAUUAAGAGCGAGUCCGGCGAAGACACAAAAAGUAAAAUCGAUCGAAUUGAUCCAUUUUUAAAAAACCCCGAGUAUUUGGAGUACGAAAAGCGUCGACACUCGCGAGACCGAUCUCGACAUCAUAGACGCUCGCACAGUAGAUCUAGACAUUCGGACAGACGUAAGAGGAGCAAUCGUAGCAGAUCGCGAGAGGGACGGCAUAGACGGACGCGGUCGCGUGACCGCCGAAGUCGCAGACAUCGGAGUACGUCGUCUAGCAGAAGCAGGCAUGGCAAAUCGAAACGGGAGAAGCGUCACAAACGGUCGCGAAGUCGCAGGCGCUCCCGGUCCAGAACCCGUCGGCAUAAGAAGUCACAUCGUGACGAGGUUAAAUCCGAUUCCGAGAGAGAAGAUCCUGCGAACACGUCGGGCGAGAUCGAGGAGGAAGACGAGCCGGCAUCUAAGGAGAACGCGUUUAAGAACGACGGCUCAUUUUUGGAAAUGUUUAAAAAGAUGCAGGAGGAGCAGCAGAAAGCUACCGAACAGGCGGGCUCUAGCGAGCCAGUGCCGAUGAUACCGCCAAUCGCAAAGCGUAGAGGCGGUCGCAUACUUAAAACUGGUUUGGUGGAAAAGACAAAAGUGAUAGACGAGUUUAUGCAGGGUGAUGGAAUGGACGCUUGGUCGGUUUAUAUGAAGGAAGUAAAGCGGUACAAGGAGGCGUGUUGUGAUGACGAUUCCAAAACCAGACCUUUAGUUAAAUAGAGUGUUAUAUUUUUUUUAAUUAGAUUUACCGUUUAUUAAAAGUAUUAGAGGACGUUAACUAUCGGAAGAUUAGCAGGCAUUGUUGGUCUUAUGGGGAUAGGCUAAUGAAACACGGCUGUUCAUUGGUCCUAUUCGUGCUCAUAAUUGUGUAAAAUCUGUAAGAGUUGUAUAUUAAUUAAUUUUGCGAGAUUAAUAUUGAGUACUGAAAAACUGUGUUCCUUGGGAAGAAAUCAGCAAACGAAUAGAACAGUGUUAACAGAACGCUAGAAGUUUGAACCGGACUUAAAAAGUGUACUAAUUGAAGGUAAUACUAAAAUCGUUUUAACUCUGGUUCAUUCUUUUAUUAGUUUAGUGAAAUACAUUUCCA